AUGGUCGUGUUGCGGUGUAUAUAGUGUAAGAAUAGGUAGACCGGUCUGGACUGACCAAAUGUAUCGUGCGCGUUUAUAUGAGUGUAGUCAUGCACGGUGUAAUUCAUCCCAGUCACACUUCCAUAGGCCACUAUUCGCUCCAUCCGUACCGUGGCCGGAACAAUGUGAGCCGUGCUCAAACAAACGCCCUUGAUAUAUCUUGUCAGUCCGAACUGGGCCGCCUACUGCCUACUCCCAGGACCCCCUCUUUUCAGUCUCCAUCUUAAAGCUCCUACACACCUGCGGUAAUCUGUAAUCGUAAUAACACGAACCCUAUAUAAUCACCUAAUGCUCCUUUACUAUUUUACGCCCAACCUCGCAAUGUCUGCUCUUUUGAUGCUGCGUAUGCCUUGCACCGCAGUAUGCAGUGCAGUGUGCUCGUCGCGCUGUCGCCGACAGGGGGGUGAAGACGCUUGGAUUCGGCGCAGCGAGUGCGCGUGCGACGAAGUAAGCGCCAUGCAGUGGGGAGCGCUCGCGGGGAGUCUCACAUGGUGGUCUCACAUGGUGUGCUGAUG